AUCUGCAACCAACACGAAACAUCGCAACUGAAACCCGACAAACUAAUGCAAUGUCAGUGCGGACUCAAAUAAUGUUAUUCUGCGUCAAGAGAAAGCCAAGGCUCUCAAGUUUCAAAUUACCGUACGGCAGCUUUACACCCAUGUGGCCCUCUAGGCCCUUAAACUCUUUAAGGACCAAUAGUGACAGCGAAACUAUAUUCGUCUCAAGAUAUUACGGAUGAGGCACUUCCGAAGCAGACGAACCCCUGGUCGAUCUGCUCCGACACGGUUGGGCCUGGAGCCGAGGCCUAUAGUCACCGAAAAUAUCCAGUUGUUAGUCUGUUAUGGUAUAGGUCUGGAUAAUAGACAUACUAAGCGCCAUGGGUUGAUUUCUCAGUUGAGUUGACCAACAAAAUGAACAAACUCAUUUUGAACAGAAAGACCACCAAGUCAAUGCUGACAAUGGGAAUACGAAUCAGAGGAAGCCAUCAUAAUCGUUUAUCCGAGUUGCGAUAGUCGAUCUUCUGUGUUCAGUUGCGAAUUUUAUGUCGUUAAGCUCGAUAUCUGAACCUGACAUAUAACCUGGGUAGUUCCCAAGCCAUACCAAAGUUAGCCAAGACAUACCCAGCACUAUUUGUUUCAUUUCUCAACUCUUCCAGCAAAGCCUUGUUAACAGUGUCUCAUACUACGCCUGUCCUGUAAGUCUACCGAGGAGCCGAGACGGAAGCCCCAAGAUCCAUCUUUCGGCGCCGUAGAGAGGCGUGCUUCAGAUGUGCUUCGAAACUCGUAAUCAGGGUCAAGGCCAUCAUAGGCCAAGUUCUAAGCUAGAUCGAUGUAUAUAUACCAAUCCGUCUCGUCUCUUUUGUUUUGUUUCUCCUCAUCUCUCCAUCUCGUUCCAUAAUCAACAGUCUGGUCCUGUUCUCAUUGGACGCGUUUCCUUUGUUCUUUCAAUCUUUCAUUAAUUCUUCUUGUUACUUUCUUAGACGAGGCUAGUCCUUGAGCGCAAGCCGCUUCUUUUCUUUUGCUCCCAUCUCUGAACACCUCCCAGAGUGCCCUUCCUUUGCCUCUAUCCAAAUAUUCACAAUCCCAAAUCUCUAAUCAUUAUGUAUUUCUCUCACAUUGCUAUUGUAGCCCUUGCGGCUGUUGCUGAAGCUGUCGAUGUCCAAGUCGUCUCGGUUGGUAGAAACUCAGCAACAAAUGCCACCGGCCUCAGGUUCUGGCCUGAAAAGAUCACAGCAGAGCCAGGAACCAUGGUUCAGUUUCAAUUUUGGGCUGGUAACCACACAGUGACACAGUCUACCUUCGACGACCCUUGUGUGCCUAUUGGCAACGUUAUGUCGAACGUCACUGGCAUCUACUCUGGCUACCAACCUGUAGAGGCUAGCAUGUCCAAGGGCAUGAUUCCCACUUACACCAUCAUGGUCAAGGACAAGAAGCCUAUGUGGCUAUUCUGCAGCAAGGCAAAACACUGUCAGGGUGGAAUGUCGAUGGUUAUCAACGAAAACACAUCUGCCAAUGCUACAAGAUCGCUCAAUAACUACAAGAGCCUCUGCAGUUCGGCUACAGUCUCCGAAGUCGUUCCUGUUCAAGGUGGCGGCUCUCCACAAGGCGGAAAUGGUGGUAAUGGCACCAACACAGGCGGUUCUGGAGGCGGUAGCUCUGGUGGCGGCUCCGGAGACGAUAGCUCAGACGACGGCAGCUCCUCCGGCGACGAUAGCUCCGAUGACGGCAGCUCCGAUGACGGUUCCGAGGAUGGCUCUGGCACGCCAACUGGGGUCUCUGCCCCUGGAGCUACUGGCACUCCCACAUCUGGUUCUUCGGGCGAUCCUGUGGUCACUGCUGCUGCUGCUGAGCUGAAGGCCCCUAUUUCGAUGCUGCUCGCAGUUGGUGCCGCUGCUAUGUAUGUACUAUAAGCUGAGCGCAUGACGAACUUUUGAAUGGAUGGACAUAAUGCUGGGAACAAUUAAUGGGGAUAUUUGUUAGUCAGUCAUAUACCAUAGGAAGACCUUGCUAUAGCAAGGGGUUCCCCGAGUUUUGGCUUGGUCUAACAAUAUUUGUACCAAUUGCUGGAACGGUUGGGCAGCCUCGGGAUAGGCACAGUCAUCAACGGUGUUUACGGCUGGGUUUAACGGGAGAGUGUAUCAAGGUUGAACGUUUAGAUAACCAAGAAUACCCAAAACCAUUAGAGAGAUCAUCCUCAUUAUCCCUCAA